AUGACACCUGCCCCGACAACAACUGAAUCAACUACAAGUGCUCCGACAACUGAAGAAACGACACCUGCUCCAACAACUGAAGCAACGAUGACACCUGCUCCAAAUACUGAGUCAACAAUGACCCCUGCCCCAACAACAACUGAGUCAACAACGACCCCUGCCCCAACAACAAAUGAA